AUGGGUGUAAAGAGUUGUCUAGUGUUGAUGUUGCUAAUAGGAGUCGCGGUUGAGAGUGGAACCGUUGGUAGUGCCUUCGAGCAGCUGCUUGAGCAGGAACCUGAGGAUUCCGCUGAGUGGAUCCGAAUCCCGACGGAAGUUGGCGAAUGGAUCUGGACCCAUCGACGGUCGAUUGAAGCGUUGUUGAAACGACGUGAACUUCGGGUGAAGCAAAGUGAAGUGGAGUUUGUGUUGUACACUCGAGACGACGACGAUGACGCCGGCCAACGGUUGGGGCCGUUCACGGAAGAGUACGACUUCGAAGGGACCAACUUCCGACCCGAGCGACCGACGAGAGUUAUCGUGCAUGGGUGGUUGAAUAACAAGAACUCACCGUUUGUGGAGCAGCUCCGGCACGCUUACAUUCGCCGGUGGGACUAUAACGUGAUUGUGGUUGAUUGGUCCAGCUGUGCGAAGCUGUGGAACUACAUCCGAGCAGUGAAGUGUGUCCCGGUGGUGGGCAAGUCGUUGGCAUUUCUACUGGACGAGUUACACCGACGGCGAGAGCUUCAGCUGGAAAAUGUGUAUAUCGUUGGACACAGUCUAGGGGCGCACGUUGCGGGGAUUGCUGGCAAGCGGGUUCAGUAUGGUCCGAUACACACCAUCGUCGCGCUCGAUCCAGCGUUGCCACUGUUCUCGAUGCACGCACCCGAGAAUCGAAUCAACGCUCAGGAUGCCCGGUACGUCGAGGUGUGGCACACCAACGGAGGUUGGUUUGGGUUCCUGCGACCGAUCGGGACGGCUGAUUUCUAUCCAAACGGUGGCACACACCAACCCGGAUGUGGACUGCCGAUGGCCGGUCUCUGCUCACAUACGCGCGCCUGGGAACUGUUCGUGGAGUCGCUGGUGGAACCGGAGGAGAACCUUCUCGCUUACCGGGUGGAUUCACUCGAGGAGAUAAACAACUCGGCUUUGCAGAAGGACGUCGGUGUCACCCCGUUUGGGCAACGGGUGAAAAUGGGUGGCGAACCAUCGAGUGCGGGAUCGGCGCGUGGACUCUACUUCAUCAACACACGCGAUAGAAGCCCAUUCUUCCAGCGAUAG